CCCGCAACCCAGGCCUGUGCCCUUGACCGAGAAUUGAACCGUGACCUCCUGGCUCCUAGAUCCACGCUCAACCACUGAGUCAUGCUGGCCGGGCAGUUAGGGUUAUUUUUGCCAUUUAUUAAUGUCAACACUCACUAGGUGCUUUUCUCCCGUGAGGCCCACACUCUGAACGACCAGUGAUAAGUGUAGCUCUGGAUUCACUGGUCCUAGGGCCAGUGGGAGCGUGGGCCCCAGAGAGUUGGGAACUGGUGGCUGGCCUGCCAGCGUGUGCUUGGGAGCCGGGAGAGGUGCCUCUGGGGUGGGAGGAUUGUUUGGUUGACUUGGACACGGUUUUGUUUGCUUAGUAUUGAGCUUUCAUCCCUGGUUAGUUUCUUACUUAAUGGGAGUCAGGGACGACAGGGGUCUUUCUUCUGUCAAAAAUAGCUUUUGUACAUCAGUUUAUUAGGACAACCACUGGUCUUGGGGAGGAGAUGAGUCGCUUAAAGCAACAGAAAACAGGAUACUGAAGGGCUGCUACAUGCUCCUGGAUUUCUGGACCAUCCCCUCUAUCCCGCUAAUAAGUUGAAUGGCAAUAAAUAAAUAAAUAAAUAAUAAAAAUAAGAAGUUGGAUGGGAAUGGCGAUCAUCUGACCCUGUCCCUGCAACCUGGCCCUUGGGUCGUCCCCCUUCAUCCCUCCAGAUUCUUCACUCUUCAUGUACCCCCCCAAGCUUUUCACGCCCACCUGCCCUCCAGGAAGUCAUUCUGAGCUGGCGUUGAGCCCUGCAGGGUGUCUGGGCCUGUGGCUGGCCGGUGGCCAUUGGCCUUUCUGUCUGUUUGUAGUAAGCAAGCAUCUGGCUUUUGUAUGUCCACAGCGCGGGGUUUUGUAUGUACACCUGCGAACGUGUUUACUUCUACAAAAGAGAGCAGGAAGAGGCAAAAGCAGGCACCCGCAUGCGUCCUCUCCCGCUGGCUCCGGGGCCCUGCAGAGCGAUUGUUGUGUGGAGGGAGAUGGUGUGUGUAGCCGAGCCGAGUGGAUGGAGCUCCCCGCCCCCUCCUCCACUCGCCUGCGUGGGAGGGCGUGGCUCUUGGCCUGGCUUUGCUGCUUUACUGACUUCCCUACCUUUGUGCCUUUGUACAGGUCACUCCCUCUCCGCCUCAGUUUCCUUAUCAAUAAAACCACUGGGUUAGGCAAAGUAAUCUCUAACAUGCCUAAAAAUGGAGCAGAGAGUAGGGUCAUAAAAGGAAGCAGUCUAAUUACUGAUUAAACAGCUUUUCUGGGCUGAGUGAAGCCCAGCGGUCACACUGCAGGGACCAGCAAGGCUCUGCCAUUGAGCCUGUCCCACGGCUGAUGGCCUUGCUCCCAGGCCAGGCCUGAGUCGCCCUGGGGUGCCUGUCCAUGGGGCUUGCUGUCCCUCUUCGCUGAAUACUUGCUUCCUGAGUUCUGGAAGCUGACCGCUCUGGGAGGCAGAGACCAGGACCACCUGGCUGCGUGAUCCUGCAAAGUCCUCAUUUCUCCCGGCCUUGUCUGUAGGACAGGGUGGUGGCACCACUCAUGAGCGAUUCCAGGAUUGUUGCGAGGCUCAAAGCAUGCAUGCCUUUGAGGAAGGCCUGGAGUUCCUGCCCGUCAACAACACCAAGAAGGUGGAGAAAGGAGGCCUCAGGCCCUGGGUGGUGCCCGUGGCUGCUGUGCUUGUGAUCCUCCUGGUUUCUCUCGUGGCUGGUUUCCUGGUGUGGCACUUCCAGUACCGGGACGUGCGGAUCCAGAAGGUCUUUAAUGGCUACCUGAGGGUCACAAACGAGAACUUUCUGGACGCCUAUGAGAACCCGAACUCCACUGAAUUUGUAGAGCUGGCCAGCAAAGUGAAGGAGGCGCUGAAGCAACUGUACAAUGAGAUCCCCGUCCUGCGGCCCUACUACAAGGAGUCGACAGUGACUGCCUUCAGCGAGGGCAGCGUCAUCGCCUACUACUGGUCGGAGUUCAGCAUCCCCAGCCACCUGGUGGAGGAGGCCGAGCGCAUCAUGGCCGAGGAGCGCGCUAUCCGCCUGCCGCCCCGCGCCCGCACCCUGAGCUCCUUCCUGCUGACCUCGGUGGUGGCCUUCCCCACUGACCCCAGAACAGUGCAGACGGCCCAGGACAACAGAUGCAAAUUCGCCCUGCAUGCCCGAUGGGGGGAACAGACUCGCUUCACCACGCCCGGCUUUCCCGACAGCCCCUACCCAGCCUUCGCCCGCUGCCAGUGGACCCUGCGGGGCGAUGCCCACUCCGUGCUGAGCCUCACCUUCCGAAGCUUUGAUGUCACGGCCUGUGACCCCAAUAGCAAUGACCUGGUCGUGGUGUAUGACACCCUGAGCCCCGUGGAACCCCGCACGGUGGCACAGCUGUGUGGCACCUACCCCCCCUCCUACAACCUGACCUUCAUCUCCUCCCAGAAUGUCCUGCUCGUCACGCUGAUAACCAACACGGAGCGGCGACACCCUGGCUUUGAAGCCGUGUUCUUCCAGAUGCCCAAGAUGAGCGGCUGUGGAGGCUACUUACAUGACACCCGCGGGACAUUUAGCAGCCCCUACUACCCGGGCCACUACCCUCCCAACAUCAACUGCACGUGGCAGAUCGAGGUGCCCCACAACCGAAACGUGAAGGUGUCCUUCAAAGUCUUCUACCUGUGGGAGCCCAAUGUGCCCACGGGCACGUGCCCCAAGGACUAUGUGGAGGUCAAUGGGGAGAAGUUCUGCGGAGAGAAGUCCCAGUUUGUGGUCGCCAGCAAGAGCAGCAGGAUCACGGUGCGCUUCCAUUCGGACCAGUCCUACACCGACACGGGCUUCCUGGCCGAGUACCUGUCCUAUGACUCCAGUGACCCGUGCCCGGGGAAGUUCAUGUGCAACACGGGGCGCUGCAUUGGAAACGAGCUGCGCUGCGAUGGCUGGGCCGACUGCGCCGACCACAGCGACGAGCUCGACUGCAAAUGCAACGCCACCUACCAGUUCACCUGCAAGAACAAGUUCUGCAAGCCCCUCUUCUGGGUGUGCGACACCGUGAACGACUGCGGGGACAACAGCGACGAGCUGGAGUGCAGUUGUCCAGAUAAGAACUUCAAGUGUGGCAACGGGAAAUGCAUCCCCGAGAGCCAGCGAUGUGAUGGGAAGGACAACUGUGGGGACGGGUCCGAUGAGGCCAAGUGCAGCGGCGGGACUGUCGUCGCCUGCACCAAACACACCUACCGCUGCCACAACGGGCUCUGCUUGAGCAAGGCCAACCCCGAGUGUGACGGGAAGAAGGACUGUAGCGACGGCUCGGAUGAGAAGAACUGCGACUGCGGGCUGCGGGCCUUCAGCAGGCAGUCCCGGGUGGUCGGAGGCAAGGAUGCAGAGGAAGGCGAGUGGCCCUGGCAGGUGAGCCUGCACGCGCUGGGCCAGGGCCACCUGUGCGGGGCCUCGCUCAUCUCCCCCAGCUGGAUGGUGUCCGCUGCACACUGCUUCGCUGAUGACCGAGGAUUCAAGUACUCCGACCACACCAUGUGGAAGGCCUACCUGGGCCUACAUGACCAGAGCAAGCGCAGCGCCUCGGGGGUGCAGGAGCGCGGCCUGAAGCGCAUCAUCAGCCACCCUUCCUUCAACGACUUCACCUUCGACUACGACAUCGCGCUGCUGGAGCUGGAGCGGCCGGUCGAGUACAGCAACACCGUGCGGCCCAUCUGCCUGCCCGACACCUCGCACGACUUCCCCACGGGCAAGGCCAUCUGGGUCACCGGCUGGGGCCACACCUACGAGGGAGGCACCGUCGUGUUGAUCCUGCAGAAGGGCGAGAUCCGCAUCAUCAACCAGACGACCUGCGAGAAGCUGUUGCCACAGCAGAUCACCCCGCGCAUGAUGUGCGUGGGCUACCUGAGCGGGGGCGUGGAUGCCUGCCAGGGCGAUUCCGGGGGCCCCCUGUCCAGCGUGGAGGCUGAUGGGCGGAUCUUCCAGGCCGGCGUGGUGAGCUGGGGCGAAGGCUGCGCUCAGAGGGACAAGCCUGGCGUGUACACCAGGCUCCCGAUUUUUCGGGACUGGAUCAAAGAGCAGACUGGGGUGUAGAGGCAGGGGCCAUCCACUGGUCACCCCAACGUGCACCCCUGCGGGCUGAGCACCGGAUUGCUACCUGCACCCCUGCCUCAGGCCCCCCACAGACUGAGCUGAAUCCCCAGGACUCUGGAGAUGGAGGACCAGCCAGCAGAGGCUCUCACCUCCCUCAAUCUCCAAAGUGGGGCUGGGAGGUGGGGAGAGGAGGAUGCCGGCGCUGACCUGGAGCGGAGGCCUGAGACUGCAGCCGGUCCCUCCAGCCCGAGGCAGCCGGGCCCGUCCCUGGUCAUCGGCUUCCUCGCCUCUGAUCCAGGCCCAGCCGCGAUGCUGCCCCGGAGUGGGGCUGGGCGCUGUGGCUCCUGGGGACGCUCUUCAGGAAGCCGGGCCCGGAGGACCCUGGACGAUAGACAGGUCUACAACGCGAACUGUUCUACCAGCUCCCAGCUGGGGUUCAGAGUGUGUUUGUGUGUUUGAGUAAAAUACUUUAUUUCUUUUUAA